AAACUUGUCGGCCACAUUAUGUUUGGUACUAAAUUCCUCUAAAACCCUAAAAACAGAGAGCAUCCGUCUUCCCAAAAAAAAAGAUGCGGCCGUUAGACGAGAACGAGACGACAGUGGUCUUCGAGAAGAUCUUCAAAUUCGUCGGAAACAACCUCAAGAACAUCGUCGAGAACCCAUCCCACGAAGGACCCGGACCCAAACCCGAAGCCGGGCGCUACUGCUUCCGCCUCCAGAAGAGCAGAGUCUACUACGUAAGCGAGUCUCUCGUGAAGCGAGCCACCAACAUCUCCCGCAAAAACCUAGUCUCCCUCGGAACCUGCAUCGGGAAGUACACCCACGCGGGGAGCUUCCACCUUACGAUCAUGUCGCUCAACCUCUUGGCCGCGAACGCGAAGCACAAGGUAUGGCUGAAACCCACUUCGGAGAUGUCGUUUCUUUACGGGAACCAUGUCUUGAAAGGAGGGCUAGGGAGGAUUACCGAUAGUAUUGUGCCUGGAGAUGGGGUUGUCGUGUUCUCCAUGUCUGAUGUUCCGUUGGGGUUUGGGAUUGCGGCCAAGAGUACGCAGGAUUGUCGGAAGUUGGAUCCGAAUGGGAUCGUUGUGCUUCAUCAGGCUGAUAUUGGUGAGUAUCUGAGGGAUGAAGAUGAGCUUUGAAUUGGUUGAAAGGUUUUGUUUAGCUUUCGUUGUGUUUCUUGUUUUAUGUUUUUUUGAGGUUUAAGAUAUUAUCUACUUGUGGCUACGAAUUGUGCUGUUGGAUCUAUGAAAGUCUUGAUUUUUCUGAAUCUGUGUUGUGGCUGAAGUGUCUUGAGAGAGUAUGUUAAAGCUUAAAAUUUACUACUAUUUAAGCUCAU